CAUCGAACACCUUGUGCGCUUGCGAUAUUAUCUUUUAUAUAAUCCAAUUUUCUCUUUCUGGUUAAAGGGGUUCUUCAGAAUUAGGAUCGUUAGUGUCGUUGAUGAUAUGAUUUCUAAAUCAUAUCACAAAACUCCUCUAUCAGUUUUGUGCUUUUCGUUUACUGGGGUCUUGAAGCCAAAGUAAAGUUGCUCCCUUUCAACACCAAAUGAGGACUUGUUCAAUUCCUGGGUUCCACACUCUUAUCCCUAAACCAAGCGUUUCAGUUUCACCCAGACCAAAGUUUAGGAACAGAAGCAGUUCACAGUCCUUUUCAUCCACUGCAUUACAAGUCCUCUCUCAGACAAGCUUACCCCUUGUUGCUGUUCCUCCUCGUUCUUCACUAGCUGCUGUCUCAAGCCAUCUCUCCCCAUCUGACAUCCCUCAGAAAUCAGAAGAAUGGUUUGCCUUACGGAAAGACAAGCUAACCACGAGCACAUUCAGUACAGCGCUCGGCUUCUGGAAGAAGAAUCGCCGCUCCGAGCUCUGGCACGAGAAGGUAUACGACUCGGAGUCACCGCGAGUGGUGGAGGACUCUGCGCGGUUUGCGAUGAACUGGGGCGUGCAGAUGGAAUCAGCCGCGAUAGAGAGGUACAAGAGAAUCAUGGGAUGCGAGGUUGGCUCGAUGGGAUUCGCUCUUCACUCCCAAGAGCAGUUUCACUGGCUUGGUGCUUCUCCAGAUGGAGUUCUUGACGUUGGGAUUCUAGAAGUGAAGUGUCCGUACAACAAAGGGAAGACGGAAACUGUCUUGCCUUGGUCCAAAGUGCCGUUCUAUUACAUGCCUCAGAUGCAGGGUCAGAUGGAGAUAAUGGACCGUGAGUGGGUGGACUUGUACUGCUGGACAUUGAACGGGAGCUCUGUUUUUAGAGUGAUGAGAGACAGAAGCUAUUGGAGGAUCAUCUACGAGGUGUUGAGGGAGUUUUGGUGGGAGAAUGUGAUUCCUGCGAGAGGGGCUUUGUUGUUAGGGAAGAAUGGUGCAGAGGUGAAGAAGUAUGAGCCAACGUCUACUCAUAAGCUUACUGGUCUUGCUAUUGCUAAAAGCAUAAGUUUGGCUGCGGAAUCAAAACUAGUUUGCAGAGAAAUAGCUGAUCAUGUCGAGUUCUUUUAGAAGUCUCGUAAUAUCUUUUGAUUAUUGAACAUUUGAACUGAUAAAUCAUCUUGUCAGUUAUGAAAAAUGGUUACAAAUCGUGUAACAUAAUGUAAUCAGAUAAAGCAAAUGGACUAUCUGGAGACUGGA